UUAACUAAAUUUACAAACCUCUCUUACUUGUCCAAAAGCCUUACAACCUUCGCUUUGGCCAUAAAAAAUGCCUCUUCCCCUCAAAAAGCUCUCUCUAUUUAUUCACUAAUGCACAAAAAAUCCGAUUCCUUUGACACUUUCUCAAUCAUCUACACAUUGAAAUCCUGUUUUAAGUUACACAAUGUUGUACUGAACAAACACCUCCAUGCCCACAUCAUCAAACUUGGAUUCAAUUCUAACGUUUACGUGGCCACUUCUCUUCUCAAUGCAUACGUCGGUGCUUCGUUUGGCGAUGCCUGCAAACUGUUCGAUGAAAUGCCCGAGAGAAACACGGUCACGUGGAACACGAUGAUCGCAAGGUAUUCGAGGUUGAGGGAUGUUGAGAAGGCGAAUUUUGUUUUCAGGGAGAUGCCCGAGGGAGAUCUCACUUCAUGGUCCACAAUGAUAGCGGCUUAUGUCAGCCGUCAUAAUUACAAGCGAGGUUUAUCUUUGUUUCGAGACAUGGUGAUCAACAAGGGCCUAAACGCCGACGAGGUCGCCGCAGGAGGAGUUCACGGAUUGUUGAAAGGGAAAUCGGUUCACGGGUUUGUUGCCAAGAAUGGAUGGCAAUUGAGUGUCCAACUCGGGACGAUUUUAGUUGACAUGUAUGCUAAGUGCAGGUCAAUUGAAAGCGCCACUCGAGUGUUUGAUUCAAUGCCAGAGAGGAACAUCAUGACAUGGACCGCGCUUAUUUGCGGCAUGGCACGACUUGGGUAUGGUACGGAAGCAUUGUCUAGGUUUGAGACGAUGCGAAAAGAAGGUAUUAGACCGAAUGAGGUGACAUUUACCAGGAUUCUUCAUGCCUGCGUGGAUGCAGGACUUGUCGAAGAAGGUCAUAGGUUCUUCAAGAUGAUUGAAGAAUGUGGGUUGGAGCUUAGGAUUCAGCAUUAUGGAUGCAUGGUUGAUUUGUAUGGGAAAGUGGGGAUGGUAGAGGAAGCUUAUGAUGUCAUAAAGGAAAUGAAACUCAAACCUAAUAAUGUCGUUUGGACUUCCUUCUUGUCUGCUUGUAAGGAGAAUAGAAAGUUCGAGAUGGCUGAGAAAGUGACUGAGAAAGUCUUGAAUGAUGUGAAGCUAGAGCAUGGUGACGGGAUUUGUAGUCUUAUUUGUGAGUUGUAUGCUUUGGGUGGGAAUUUGGAUGGUGCAGAAAGGGUGAGGAAACUAAUUUUGAGAGAUCACCCAACAUGAGAAC